CAUUUUCUUGUUUACACUAUUCACAGAAACUGUCAUGAGCUGAAAUUAUCUUAUUUAUGUUUGACUUACUUUUUUUGUUGCCUGUCUGUCCCCAAGAGUCUGAGCUUCAGGAGAGCAAGGUCUUUGCCUGUCUUGUUUACUAUGUGUCCACACAGUAGGUGCUCAAGUAAUAUUUACUGAAUGAAUGAGUCAUGAAAUGAUGUGGUGCUGGAGUCCCGUUCAGGCCCUAGGUUCCCUGUCGCAUCCCUUUGUCUCUGCCGUCCAGACCGUUAACCAGUGUUAACUCACAGAGGAGUCUGCACAUGUCACACGACUUCACUCAGUCUCUGAAUCCUCAUUUGUGAAAUGGGAAACCCACUCCUUGCCAAGUCAACUCCAAGAGUUGUUGGAGAUACAAGGAGCGUGGGCAGAAAAGCCCAGAGCCCACUGAUGAUCAGCAUUGAAGGGGUUUGGCCCGGUGGAGGAGGAGCACCUCCCUCACUCCUCUCCUGCUCGCCAACCAAGCCCUUCCCGCUCAAGGCUGUUCAACUUGGCCUCCUUCCUCUCUGGGUCACUCACACGGCCUCACGUGCUUUGCCUUCCCUACCCCUGGCCCUCCAAAGGUCUUAUUUUAUAGCUUCUUGUAAGGAAUUCAAAUGAGGCCAUGACCUUCACUGUGACAAACCACAGUGAGGCUGUAAAAGGCCAGACCUGGCUCCCUGCUCCGUGGUUAAACAUUGAUAACACCAGGAACUAGAGGCCUGAGCGGGCACGCCCCGCGUCCCCCUGCGGGGAUGGGGCCCCCAGGCUGAGGGCCCUCACCAGCCUGUUCUCUGGGCCGGCGAGAACGAUUGGAUGCUUUCUUCCUACCUGAGGCCAGCACACAAGAAGGAAGGCAUUGGCUCCUGGUUCCUUCCAAUUGCGAAAGUCAGAUGGAGCCUGUUUGCCAUGUGAGGCCAUUCAUUCAAGAGGUCAGUCACCCCUGAAUGACAGAGAAGGCUCUGGACCUGGGCGUGUGCUAAACGCAGAGCUACCGGAUGGGCCCGGCUGCCACGGGCUCUGUAGCACUGCCUCCCAGGCAACAGCUGUGCGGACAACUCAGGUGCAAAGACCAUCCGGUGCUCCCCUGAGAGGAGGAGGAAGAGAGAAAUCAGUGCUGCUCCCAACAGCAGAUCAGGCAAGUCCCAGGAACCCAGGAUCCAGGGGGUCUUCAGGGCUUUGUAAAGGGCCAGGACCUAGGAGGCCAGGAGGGCAGCUGGCAGCAAAAGUCUUGGUUGUCAGAGACAUACCCCAACCAGGAGCAGGGGCAUGAACUACAGUGAGGAGGUUACCGGGGCCCCACUUGUCACCGAGGUGUCUCAGGAGCUGCUGGAAGAAAUGCUUUGGUUUUUUCGGGUAGAAGAUGCAACUCCUUGGAAUAGCUCCAUGUUUGCCCUGGUGGCCGUGGUGGUCGUGAUAAGCAUGGUCCUCUUGGGAAGGAGCAUCCAGGCAAACAGAAAUCAAAAGAAGCUGCCACAGGAAAAACAAACUCCAGAAGCCCUAUACUUAGCCGAGGAUGGAACCAAAGAAGACAGCAACCUGACCACCCUAAGAGAGACUUUGCUCUCAGAAAAGCAAAAUUUGGCCCAGGUGGAAAUGGAGUUAAAAAACAGUGAUGCGCCUCUGGCCUUUCCUCCAGACCCACGAGAAUCUGAGAGCUAGUGAGGGUGCAGGGCAGGGUCCCUGAGUUGUUAGCAGACGGAGUGACCUGCAAUCAAACUAAAAUUCUGUUAUGAAAAAAAUGAACCAAAAUAACCCCCUUUUUAUUAAAAUGCUUCUGGAUGUGGGCA